GAAAUAAGUAUGCCUUGUCUUUUCUCGUUGACCAGAGUCUUCAUCGACCAGUAAGAGUUGUCGAUACGGAUGAUACGAUUGACAAUUUAAAUUUCAGCCAGGGUCCAGUGGUACCGGUUGUCAGUUCAGAAGCUCAAAAAGAAUCGAAGAAAGAAAGGUGAGAUCUCCAGGUAGAAUCGAGGACGACCCAUGUUUGAGUUAUUGUGUCAGUUAACACAAAUUAAACGCGGUUUUCCGUAGCAGAAGUUCCACCGCGCCGACAGUCAAGGCUGACACUCGAGAGCUUAUGGAUGAAAGUAGUUCGUCUGCAAACCCAGGGUUAAAAGAAUGACUGGCCUUCUGGCUUCACCAACCAGCCGCUCCCAACCAGAGAAGGUCGCCGAGGUCUUCUUCCUUGGCAUCUUGUUUGUGAUAGCUUUGGUGGCAAACAGCACCAUAUGUUACGCCAUGCUACAGCCCUACCGUUUAAAGACCUCUUCAAAUCUGUUCCCUUUCUCGUUAGCAGUUGCCAACCUUAGUUUAGCCCUCCUGCACACUCCUUACACCAUGGCAUCGUUAAUAGUGGAUCAUUGGCCAUUCGAUAUCGCAUGGUGUCAAAUAUCAGGCAUGCUGAUAAAUCUGGUAUCAAUGGCGUCCAAUUUUUCCAUAGUACUUAUUGCAAUUCAUCGUUAUUAUCUCAUCGUCAAGCCUCUAUCUGACACAAUAAGUGUUCGUCGAGCAAAAACAAUGGUAGCAUUUGUGUGGUUCACGUCGUUAGUGACCGCCGUUCCACCCUUGUUUGGUUGGAAUUCAUACAGAUAUAUUCCUGGCAAAGCAUUUUGCUCAGUCGAUUGGCAAGAUGGCGGACCGGACCUGGUGUAUUCUGUAUAUCUCGUGGUGAUUAGUUUUUUUGUGCCGCUCGGGAUUCUUUUCUAUAUCUAUCGUGCUAUUUAUUUGAAGACAAAACGUCAAAGAAAAAAGACGGACUACAAUACACUUCGUGGACUGAGUGAUCAGGGUAGUUUUACCUAUCAACGUUCGCAAACUCUGUGUCAGAAACUGGCAUGUUGCUUAUCGAGGAACAAUUCACAAGGUAGUAAUUCCUCUCCUUCUACUUCGGAAAAAGGAAAUGUCUCUUCACCGGCCACAUCGAGGUCGUAUUCCUUCGAGCUAUCUCCCUCGAGGAGAGACAAUGCCCUCCAAAGGGAAGAAAUGAGAAGGCGAAGAGAAGUUAUAACGCGAAGUCUAACGCGCCAGAGUUCCAUCUAUGAGCAGAAAACGGUGCAGAAUGCUCUUGUUCUGCUUUUAACUUUUGUCAUUAACUUGGCACCGUAUUACAUCGUCGGUAUUUGGUCGGGUGCUUCUCAGAAGACCGCUUCCAACGGGUUAGAUUUCUUUGUGACAUUUUUGUUUGUUUGCAUGACAGCUGUCAAUCCUAUGCUGUAUGGGUUUUUUAAUCGCCAAAUAAGAAGAGUUGUUCUCAAGUCUACGAUAGGCCAGUUCGCUUGUCAGCUAUGUAAAUGUUGCGAUAGUGAUUUAGACACUAGGCCUGACGCUGCAACAACUAGACGAGGAAGAAAUACCCUGGGACCAGAUUCCGAAUGUUAAUGGGGUUUAGGAACAGGAAAGUAUUUAUAAUAGUAACUGAACUAAGUGCAGUACAAUUUGGCCUGAAAUCAUAUGCGUAAUUUCAAAAUCAAACGAGUGCGCAGCACAAGUUUGAUGUUAAAUUACUUGUAUGAUUUCAGAACAAAAUUCCCCGACACAAAGUUCAAUUACUACUUUAUUACAUCCAUUUUGAAAUCGCAAAAUUCAGUUGGUCAGAUAUAGGAUUUUAGUCCGUAAAAAUAUCGUACUGAUCCAGUAGUGGGCUGGUUCGUAGAAAGUUGCAAAAGCUGUUUUUCAUUUUGUUGCAAUUUGUUUGGUUUCUUUGAACAAACCUCGAGAUCUGAUUAGUUGUUGUAUCUUGGUAAAGCUUCCUCGUUCGCUGAGGGAAAGAUGCGAUUUAGAGCAAAACGUGGUGCGUGCGAUUCGUGAAUAAAUCGCACCAAUAAGAGCUUAUCAGAAUGCAAGGAUCACCACAUAUAUUAAAAUGGAUGUAAUCUAAAUCUUCUUGAUUUAGCUCGGGUCUAUAACAAGAAAGAAGAAGAAUUUCGAUAAAAGAUCAGAAGUGCGAUUGAAGAGACACACGAGAAGACAUAGUUUACAAAUCGUAAAUACAAGUACAAUAGAUUUUAAAUGCAAUGGAAGGAAAAUAGCUAUAAAGUGGUUAUUUAUUUUCAAGCCUCUAUUUAUUAAAGAACGACGAAAUAUUUUGAAAA